GCAUGAUUGGAACAAUCCGCCCCGCAUUAGAACAAAAGGAAAUGGCAGAAUGAAGACCGUCUCAAGAAGAAAUGGAGGCGGAAGGACCCACCUUCGUCACAAGCGAAAUCGAUGUCUUGAAUGUCGUGAGAGCUUUGGAUCAUCGGAUUCCUCUUCCGAUUGGCCAUUUGCUUUUGAUCUCAGAACAGGCGAACGAACGAAUGCUGCAACACUACAAGGCAAAUCGAAAGCGAUUUGAUCUCACCCGAACUGCAAAAGAUAAGAGCCCCACACCUAACGAGCAUGCGUCAGGACCCUCUGAACCAGUCCGAUUGGGAUUGAUUCAGAGAGAUGAUCACUUUCUACGGAUCAAACCGAUUCCGUGGAGAUCCGCAGAAUGUGAUAUUCAAACCUGGGGAGUUCCGUACAACGCGAUCAUUGAUUCGGGUGCUGCUGUCCUAGCUAUCUCUCUGCGAGUAGUUGAACGAGCAGGACGGAAAAGUGACCUGAUAAUGCUGACGGAAAAAGAUCAGCUCAUCUCUGCAGACGAGGAAAAGAUCAAAACUGUGGGGAGAUUGACCAAUGUCGCUUUCCGAUUGGGUAAAGUGCAUGCGCUUGGGGAUGUCGUAGUACUGGAUGUCAAUACCUAUGACGUUCUUUUCGGACUUCCCACUCUUGUGGCAUUACGAGCAAACCUGGACUUCGAACGACGGACGAUCGUCCUCCGAAACACAGGAGGAAGACCCUAUGCUGUGCCCAUGCGAUUAACCCUUCGUACCACUGUUAACACAGUUCCUCGGGUUUCGCCAAUGAUGGCAGGAACUCUCCGCAUGAUCUCCUGGGACGAACCCGCAGAAGUAAAGUCAUCAACUGAUGAUAUAGAAAGCAGUGACGAAGAUGAUCCGAAAAUCUUGAAAUUGUGGGUCCGAUGUCCGAUGGGGAUUUGCAAUGCGCCUGCCACGUUUCAACGAGCGAUGAACAUGACGUUCCAUAAUUUCGUCAACAAGACACGGCUAACGCAAGGGAUGAUCAAUUUCUGUGUGAUCGUGUACAUGGACGACAUCCUGGUCUAUUUGGAAACCUAUCACGGGCAUGCGCAACACAUCGAGUGGACGUUGGGCGCACUAAGAGAUGCAGGGUUCAAGAUUGCGCUCGAGAAAAGCGAAUUUUUCCUCUCUGAAAUUUCGUUCUUAGGCUACAUCACGGUUGUGACACGUGGAGGAUUGCGGCCGGAAUCGAGAAAAGUUGCGGCGGUGAAGGAAGCCCCGGUCCCCACGUCACUGACGCAGGUUCGAGCCUUCUUGGGGCUGGCGUCGUACUACCGACGCUUCAUCAAGGGCUUUGCCGUGAUUGCACGACCACUAACGAAUCUGUUACGGAAAGACCAACCUCUCGGUUGGGACGCGGGGUGCCAGCAGGCCUUUACGACCCUCAAAGACGCUCUCGCAAUGGCUCCUAUUCUGAUCCGGCCGGACCCCUCGAAACAGUUCAUCCUCAUCACAGACUGGCAACCGGAAGCUAUUUUCGCUAUUUCAGCCCAGAAAGGGAACGAUGGUCGAGAGUACGUCAUCGAGUACGCGUCUCGAACCGUACCGGACGAACGAAGAAACGACUCCACACCCCAAGGCGAGUGCUAUGCGGUAGUUUGGGGAAUCCAACACUUCCAUCCAUAUCUCUACGGACAUAAGUUUCGCCUCUUAGCAGAUCACGAGCCUCUGAUGGCACUAAAGAAGCUAACCAACUACACGGGCAUGAUUGGUCGUUGGGCAGUGCGAUUGCAAGAAUACGACUUCGAUAUCGUCCAUCGAAAGACAGAGCGACAUGGCAACGCGGACGGGCUGACACGUCUGCAUCUACGCGUGGAGGACCAACGUGGCGGGAGAUCUUCUGGGAUUCGUCUUUGGAGCAGUGGAUCGUGGAAACCGAUCACAGAUCGUGCGCGAACUUACGAUCGUGAUUGCACGAUUGGCCAACUCCCUCUUCACAUCGUCUCUCAGAGCGACGAAGAACCCGUGCCACACACCCUCACAAGGACUCUCGCCCCGAGCCUCCAGUGGUCGGCUUGUAUCGAGGAGCACUGGGCGGACGACCAUUUUCCCUCCCGUAGCGAGUAUCUGGACGUCCGCAGCCUGACUAAUCCACGCUUCUUUCGGCAACCAACGGCGUUCGAGUGGGCGGCACUGAGAGCAAAAGAGGAGGCCGAAGAGGAAUCGGAAGAAGAAUUGAGGAGAGAAGCCGGGGAAGCGGCGGCCCGAUUGGCCGAGGACGAGGAAGAAGAGCGCGAAGUAGAAGAAGAAUCGGAGGAAGCUGAAGAAGAAGAAGAAGAAGCUAAAGAAGAAGAAGAAGAAGAAGAAGAAGAAGAAGAAGAAGAAGAAGAAGAAGAAGAAGAAGAAGAAGAAGAAGAAGAGGAGGAGCUUUCGGAGGAGGAGGAAGAGGCCUAUAGUGAGCACGGUGAGGGCGAGCAAAGUGAGGAGGAGGAGGAAGACGACGAAGGAGUGGAAAGCAGGGACGACCAGGGGCCAACGCAUGACGAACUCGAGGGGGUGCCAGAGCCAGAUCGACGAGAGGAGAACCCGGAGGCUGCUGAGCAGCGCAAGAAAGAGAUCGCGGAAGGAAAGCGGCCAGCAACCGAUCCUGCACCAGACGAUCCUUUCGAAGACCCCGAGCCACCCAAGCCGGAACAUGGGGACAUUGCUGCCACGACCUCGGGAGCCGCGACGACAAGGCGCCGACCCCGAUCCCGAUCCACACCGUCCGAGCGCUUCGCCGGACGCCCUUAUGAGCGCCCUCCACCUAUCAUGGUGGAUGGUCACAAGGAGUUCGUUGUUUCCGACAUCGUAUCACGCCGAGUUACCGAUGAUACCCCUCCACGCAUCGAGUACCUUGUGCGUUGGAAGGGCUACCCUGAUGAGGAGGCUACUUGGGAGACCCUCGAGCACUUGCAGCACGCCAGGAUGUUGGUGCGUGCAUAUGAUCGUGCUCGGCGUGCUGAGACAUCUGCUUCUACUCAGCCGACUGACCCUCUUCCUCCUCCUCCGGCUGAGGAGAUUGCUGAGGAUGCGCCCGCUCCCUCUGAGGCCGUUCCUCAGCCGCAGACGGUUGCCUUCGAGCGUCCACAGCGCACUCAUCGUCGCCCUUCGCGUUACGAUGACUGACACUCUUAUCCUCUAUCUUUCCCCGCUGACUCACACCAUCAGGUACUCCAUCAUCAUCUCUUCUUCAGGAUGUCAGCGUUUUACGGCUCUGCUUCGACAUCGA